AAACAAACUUCCGACUUCUGAGUUCAACCCAAAAAAGGAAAGGAAACAACACUCCAUUAUCUCACUCUUGCACCCCAUCCACACAAGUUUUGUUUGCUUUCAGGCCUAAACGCCAUGGAAACACAUCUAGAGAGCUUCUGGAUUUUCGCCAUCUUCUUCAAAUAUAAAUCCCUGUCUUCCCUAAACACCAUUUUAGCCCUCCUCUUCAUGUGGAUGGCUUGGCUAAUCAUGUCCGUUCCCUUCUGGGCUUUUCCUGGAGGCCCUCCAUGGGGAAAACAUCAUUGCAAGAAAAGAGAUCAUCAAAACACCAACCCCAUUCCCGGACCAAGAGGGUUUCCGAUCCUCGGCAGCAUGAACCUCAUGACUAAACUAGCUCACCGAAACCUCACUAAUGCGGCUGAUCGUUUAGGAGCCCGGCGGCUCAUGGCUUUUAGCCUCGGUGACACCCGUGUCAUCAUCACAUGCAACCCUGACGUCGCCAAGGAAAUCCUCCACAGCUCCGUUUUCGCCGACCGACCUAUCAAAGAGUCGGCUUACAGUCUGAUGUUUAAUAGAGCAAUUGGAUUCGCUCCUUAUGGGAUGUACUGGACUACCCUUCGGCGAAUCGCAGCUACUCAUCUCUUCUGCCCUAAACAAGUCUGCGCUUCUGAGCCCCAACGGUUCCAACUCGCCGCCCAAAUGCUGUCCAUCGUGGCGGAACGUGGCUGUAACGCUCGCAAGUUCUGCGUCCGCGAUGUACUGAGGAGAGCUUCUUUGAACAACAUGAUGUGCUCAGUCUUUGGACGUAAGUAUAAACUAGGUGAGUUGAAUAAAGAAACCGAGGAACUUAGUCAGCUUGUUGAAGAAGGUUAUGAUUUGUUGGGAAAACUCAACUGGUCUGAUCACCUUCCCUGGCUGGCCGGUUUUGACCUCCAGAGCAUCCGGUACAGAUGCUCCAAACUCGCUCAGAGAGUCAACGUGUUUGUUGGCCGUAUUAUCAAAGAACAUCGAGCCCAAACUUGCCAGAAAAACCUUAGUGAUUUUGCUGACGUUCUUCUCUCUCUUCAAGGACCCGAUAAGUUGUCCGACCACGACAUGAUAGCAGUACUUUGGGAGAUGAUAUUCAGAGGAACGGAUACUGUGGCUGUUCUGAUAGAGUGGGUUCUUGCGAGAAUGGUCCUCCAUCCAGAAAUCCAAUCAAAGGUUCAUGCCGAUCUGGACAAGGUAGUCGGAAAAUCAAGGCCGUUGAUGGAGACGGACAUUCACUCAAUAGUCUACCUAACGGCAGUGAUCAAAGAAGUGCUAAGGCUGCACCCACCCGGCCCUCUUCUGUCCUGGGCCCGCUUGGCAAUCACAGACACUGUAGUUGAUGGCUACCACGUGCCCGCAGGAACCACGGCCAUGGUGAACAUGUGGGCCAUCACGAGGUGUCCACGUGUGUGGUCGGACCCGCUCGAGUUCUCGCCGGGAAGGUUUGUGUCGUCCAAGGAUGCUGACGUGAAUUUUUCUGUGUUGGGUUCUGACCUAAGGCUUGCGCCAUUUGGGUCUGGCCGGAGGAGCUGUCCUGGAAAGUCGUUAGGGUUGGCCACAGUGAGCUUCUGGGUUGGGACGCUUUUGCAUGAGUUUGAGUGGAAACAGGCUGAGCCCGUCGACCUCUCUGACGUGCUGAAGCUUUCAUGUGAGAUGGCAAACCCUCUCACUGUUCAGGUGCAUCCGAGGCGAAGAUAAGCUAUCGCACUAGGUUUUUUUCUCUACUCGCACCAAAGAAAAGAGACACGUUGCAGAAGAGUAUUAUGUGGUUUGUAGUAAGUUUUUGCUGAUAUUUGAUAUC